CUGAAAUCCAACGUCAACUCUGAUAUCGUGCUCCCAAACCUCCACCUACAUUCCAUAAACUUAGGAUCCACGCCAUGCCAAGUCUACUCACGAUUCCCCGCGAGAUUCGCGACCAGAUUUACGAUUGGAUGUUGUCAGAUACGCUCCCCUCUUCCCGAAGCCGAGAACUACAGCGAGAGCGCAAGACUAUCGAAUACUCUCGCUCCGACCCCGAAACCCUCUUUGGACAAGGGGCCAUCCAAUUUCCCGUGCAUACAUCAUUGCCUCCUGCUCACGGGCUGCUCCACGCAGCACGACAAAUCCGCCAUGAGUUUCUGGACAGCAUCAAGCGUCUCGGUGGUGUGAGAUACAAAGUCGACUUGGUGGACCGCAAGGACCGAGGAGUCUUAGCCCCCACUUGGAUCUCUGUCCCUUGUUUGCCGUGCUUUGCAGACCGUAUCGACGUGUUGGAGGUCCACUGGCGGGUGAGAAGCGGCAAAACAAGUAGUGUUGUCACAUCUGUUGGAGAGUCUGAUCAUUUCAACUGCAACCAAUUCAACGGAUCCUUGGCUCUGCUCCAACGCUUUAUUGAGCGAGGCAUUUACUUGUUGUCCAAAAAGAAAAGGGUCAAGGUCCAUAUUGGAGUUCUGGAGAUUCACCUGAAUGCGGGGUGGGGGCCUGAGUUGUUUGGGUUUGAGGUAGAGGUUGACGAGUUUGCGGAGGCAGCUGGUUUGUUCUUGGAUGAUUAUUUGCUAGGAGAGGACAGCUUUGUUGAUGAUGGCUUGAUGAGACAGGAGUUUGAUGCUCAAUUUGAGAUGCUUGUCGGUAAGAUUGAUAGGGUUCAAAUGUAUGCGAAUGGUGCUCUCAAGCGAGAGUGGGAGUUACGAGAUGCUAUUGCGAUGAGAGAGGCGCACAAGAUAAAUGCAGCUAGAAGAGGAGAACUGUCAGGAGAUGAACACUAAUAGCUAUUUGAGACAUUACGGCCGAAGGUAUUUCGAUCAUCCGAGAAGCGGGUAAGAAAAAGAAGUUCAGGUCUUCCACAAAACCUACAAUAUUCGAAUAUCUACUAUCUAGCCUUCAAAUUUUCCUAGGAUAAAUGAGUUAAUCUAUGAAAGUCCGUCUAUAAGGAUGCUGAUAGCCGUCCCGCACAGGGAUGGAAGGGAGAAAAUUACCCGUCGCCGAGGAGAGAAAACAGCGGUCAAGCAUCUGAAUAACAAGUAACUUAGAAAGUAAGAGAUAUUGAUGUGUUGACAGGUGGUGAAUUAUAAGAUGGGAUGAGAACUCAUUGAAAAUAACUGGACAGGGGCUCGGUUAGGUUUGUGUGACUCAAAAUCUGUCACCCAAUAUUCAAAGAC